UACUUUUAUAGGUACUCUAUAGUAUUUUUUAUUCAGAUUUCUGUGGUUAUUAAUAUCGAUGAUCGUAAUCGACAAUGAUUCUAUUGUGAUAACACUGAUAGUGAUGGUUGUGAAAUCGAUGACUAGGCACCUUGGUACCUAUAUGCCAAGUAUAAAUCAAGUAAAUGCGUAUCGGGGAAGUCAGUUUGAAGUUUAGCGCCAACGAUAUUUAACGCGGAAGUAGUAGAAUGAGUUUUUUAAAUAAAGUUGUGAUAAUUACCGGAGCGGGAUCAGGGAUAGGUAGAGCGAAUGCUGUACAAUUCGCUAAACAAUCUGCUACACUUUCUUUAGUAGAUAUAAAUGGAGAUAACCUUCAUAAAGUGGCAGAGGAAUGUAGAAAAUUAAGCAAAGCGAAAGUGUUAGAAGUGGUUGCAGAUUUAUCCAAAGAUGUAGAUGCAAAGCGAGCAGUUGACAACACUAUGAAGGAAUUUUCAAAGAUUAACGUUCUGGUUAAUGUUGCGGGAAUAUUCGGAGAUAAAGGAAUUCUUGAUCCAGAUUUACUGAGUGUUUUAGAUAAAGUUAUGAGUGUAAACCUUAGAUCUACAAUUGCCAUGGUGCAUUAUGCUGCACCAGCGUUGAUUGAAAGUAAAGGAUGUGUUGUCAAUACAGCCAGUGUGAUGGCUAAAAUUGUUUGCAAAGGAUCAAUACCAUACAACGUUUCGAAAGCUGCUAUCGCCUAUUUCACAAAGAACGUUGCUAUGGACUUAGCGGAUAAAGGGGUUAGAGUCAAUUCUAUUUCUCCAGGACCCGUUGAAACGAAUAUUGCAUUACAUGCAGGAAUAAGCCAAGAAGUGAAUGAUGCAGUUUUCGCUUCGUAUGCCAAGUUUGUACCAUUACAACACAAUAUAGAAGCAACUGAGGUUGCGGAGAUGGCAGUUUAUUUAGCAAGCGAUAAAGCUAGGAGUAUAACUGGUUCCGAUUUCGUAAUAGAUUCUGGAUUAGCGUUAUCUGGUUUGGCGAGCGGGAACAUGUUACUUUAAUGCCAAUAAAAAUACUUACCUUUU